AUGCGUAUUUUAGACAAGCUUGCAGUGCUUGCAGUAAGUUCACUAUCACUUUUUUUGCAGAUUGCAAGUGCUCAAACUAUAACUAGUGACACUGUUUCUGUUGGUCCUGUUGCUUUACUUGGUGAUGUCAAUAUUGAUGCUGGUGUUUUUUGGUCUAUUAUAGAUUCAUUUACUGAUGUCUUUCUCGGAAGCAUUUACAACCACGGGGAGCUUUAUAUUACGCUUACAAAUCCUUUAUUUUCUUUAGACGUUACAUGUACUGGUCUCUUGAACACAAUCUCAAAUACUGGAAUCAUAGUGUUUAAUUCACAAUAUGGAAUAACUGGACCAAGAUUCAAUCUCAUAUCCACAACAUUUUAUAAUAGUGGGUUAAUUUAUUAUAAUACCCUAGGAGCUACAUUUAGUGCAAGUUAUAAGAUUAUUGCCCCUUCUUGGACAAACUCUGCUGGCGGUAUGCUUGUGUUCCUGCUGGAUUCUCAGUCUGAAAGUUUUCUUACUUUGGGUACUGCUCUAGGAAGUAUAACUAACAACGGUCAAAUUUGUUUAAUUGAGCAAGUUUGGAAGCAAACUGCCACCAUUGCUGGAAGUGGAUGUAUUAACGUUGGGAAAAACGCCAAUCUUUGGAUUUCAAAUUCUCUUCUUUCAGUUAGUACAUCACAAACAAUUUUUCUUUCAAGUAGUACUUCUGCAAUGAGGGUUGAUGUACUUUCAUUCCCUCAAACUCUCACAGUUGCUGGGUUUGGAGGAGGAAAUGUGAUUGGUAUCAGUGUAAUUAUAUCUUCUACUAGUUACUCCUCUAGCACAGGUAUACUUACAAUUUAUUACAAUUUUGGGUUCUCCAAUCGUAAAUUUCGUAUUGGUAGUGGAUAUGACUCCUCACGAUUCUCCAUCAUUACCUACAACUUUGGUGGGUUAUUAGGAACCAGUCUCAGAGGAGCUGUCACCUAUAGUCAACCUAUUCCUUUAGGUAGUACUUCGAACUCCAAUUGUAUAGCAUGUCCUUCACUUCCUGUAUAUCCUACCGAAGUUAUUAGCUCAGUAAUACUGUCCUCAACUGCGACAGGCACUAGUUUGUCCUUAUCAACAACAAUCUCUUCAGGCAGAGCUAAUUCUUCUGUCAUGUCCAGUCUUUCUGUGACUUUAUCAAGUAGUAUUUACUCCACCACAAAUUCUACAAUGCCUAAAACGAGCACUGACUCACCAAUAGGUGGUUUUUCAACUGAGUCUGGAGGAUCUUUCACUGGUGGAUCUUUAACGGGCGUAUCUUCAGCUAAGACUGGUGGAUCUUCCACUGGAGGAUUUAUAACUAAGACUGGUGGAUCCUCUACUGGAGGUUCAUCAACUAGAGAAUUGUCAACCGCUGGAUCCUCAACUAAGACAGGUGAACCUGUUGCUAGAGGUUCAUCAACCGGAGAACCAUCAACUAGUGGAUCCUCAUCUAAGACUGGUGGACCUUCAACUAGGACUGGCGGAUCUUCCAUUGGAGGCUCAUCAACUACAGAGUCAUCAACCAGCGGGUCAUCAACUGCUAGAUCGACUAGUAGUACCUCAGCUAAGACUAGCGAGCUUUCCACUAGCGAUUCACCAACUGGAGAAUCAUCCGCCAGCGGUUUAUCAACUGGAGGACUAUCAACUGGAGGAUCCUCAACUGAGACUACUGGUUCUUCCACUAGCGAUACAUUAUCUAAGAAUGGUAGCUCUUCCACUAGCGAUUCAUCAACUAGAGAAUCAUCAACUGGUGGAAUCUCAACUAAGACUACUGGUUCUUCUACUAGCGGUUUAUCAACUGGAGGACUAUCAACCGGUGAACCUUCCUCUGACGGGUCAUUAAUUAAGACUGAUGGACCUUUCAUUAAUUGUUCAUCAACAAGAGAAUCAUCAGCUGGCGGAGCCUCAUUUAAGACCAGUGGAUCUUCCACUGGCAGAUCUUCAACUAAGACUGGUGGAUACUCCUUUGGCGGUUCAUCAAAUGGAGAAUCAUCAACUAGCGGGUCAUCAACUGGUAGAUCGACUGGUAGUGCUUCAACUAAGAUUGGUGAGCUUUCCACUAGUGAUUCGUCAACUGGUGGACCUUCCACUGGCGAACCUUACAUUAGCGGUUCAUCAACUAGAGAAUCAUCAACUAGUGGAUCCUCAACUAAGACAGGUGAACCUUUUGCUAGCGGCUCAUCAACUGGAGGACUAUCAACUGGUAGAUCUUCAACUGGUGGAUCUUCAACUGGCAGGUCUUCAACUACGACAGCUGGAUCUUCCACCAGCGGUUCAUCAAUUAGAGAAUCAUCAACUGGUGGAGCUUCAUCUGGCGGAUCUUCAGAUAAGACUGGUAGACUUUACAUUAGCGGUUCAUCAACUAGAGAAUCAUCAACUGGUGGAUCCUCAACUAAGACAGGUGAACCUUUUGCUAGCGGCUCAUCAACUGGAGGACUAUCAACUGGUAGAUCUUC